AUGGGCUGUAACUCGUCAACAAAUUCCAAUACCAAAGUCGCCAGCCAAGAGGUCGACUAUUUCUUGACCCCCAGCGAGAUCCAGAUUGUGCGAGAGUCGUGGGCUAUUGUGGCUCUUGACCUUCCUGCAACCGGACUGCAUAUAUUCACACGACUAUUUGAGAUGGAGAAAGACCUAAAGAAACUGUUCAGGAGACUGAUGACUCAGACAGAGAGCGGAGAGUUUAUAUUCGACACAGUCCGGUUGGAGCAACACGCCACGCUAGUUAUGAAACAGCUGGGCCAGGCGGUGGACAACUUAGACGAUUCCACCCAUUUCUCAGAGAUGCUGACGAUACUAGGAGAGAAGCACGCUGUCUACAACGUCAGGCCAGAAAUGUUCCCUUUCCUAUGGCCUGCCAUCAGAGACGGUCUGAAGAUGCGACUGGGAGACAAAUUCACAGUGGAAGCGGAGCUCGCCUGGAAACACCUCUACGACUACAUCAUCAGCAAGCUCUCAGAAGGCAUAGAGCGCGGUCGUCCCAAACCUAAAAAGAAAUUGCGGUUAUUCUAG